AUCUUCUUCUUUGUAAUAGAGACUUCCAAGUCCCAGAAGCUCUACACUCUCGUUUCCUAUCCUAUCAUAUUUUUUUCAACUUUCUAGCAGAUUUUGCGUCUUGUUUCCUUUAUUUUCUCGAGAAACCAGUAUAUUUGGUAAGUGAGCUUCGCUGGGUAUUUGUCAAAACUCUAAAUUUGUGUUAUGGGUUUGUUUGGCUGCCAGGAAAAUCAAAAGAACAAGAAAAUACGUUGCUCAUACAGUUUUGUCCAAGUAAUAAGCUGAUAAUCUCUGCUGCAAAGCUGAUGGAGAACACUGGAGGUGGUUCUUUUAUGAGGAAUAGGAGAUUGGAGAGUUUCCUCAACACAAACAGCACCCCAAAUGCGAAAGAAAUUCCGAAAAAGUGGGGGAAGGAAGAAGAGGAGAAAAGGGUUAGCAGGGAUGUUUAUGUUGAUGAUGAUGGGUGGAUCUCUGCAUUGAUAUCUUAUAUAAGGAUUGUGUUCUGUUUUGUGUCAAUGAUGCUUACAACAUUUAUAUGGGCUUUAAUCAUGCUUUUCCUCUUGCCAUGGCCUCAUGAGAGGAUUAGGCAGAGUAAUAUUUAUGGACAUGUAACUGGUAGAAUGCUGAUGUGGAUAUUAGGUAAUUCUGUAAAGAUUGAAGGUACCGAAUUCUCAAAUGAGAAAGCCAUUUAUAUCAGUAACCAUGCAUCUCCUAUGGACAUUCUCCUUAUGAUGUGGCUGACUCCCACAGGCACAGUGGGCAUUGCAAAGAAGGAGAUUAUAUGGUAUCCUCUCUUUGGACAACUUUAUGUGUUGGCCAGUCAUCUUCGGAUAGAUCGGUCCAACCCAGCUGCUGCAAUUCAAUCAAUGAAAGAGGCAGCUUGCGCAGUUGUCAGAAACAACCUAUCCCUGAUCAUUUUUCCUGAGGGCACCAGGUCCAUAAAUGGACGAUUGCUCUCCUUUAAGAAGGGUUUUGUUCAUUUGGCACUGCAAACACGUCUUCCAAUAGUUCCAAUGGUCCUAACAGGUACCCACCUAGCAUGGAGGAAGGGCAGCUUACAUGUUCGGCCAGUGCCUAUAACAGUCAAGUUUCUCCGUCCAAUAAAAACUGAUGAUUGGACAGCCGAUAAAAUUGAUGACUAUGUAAAAAUGGUACAUGACACAUAUGUUGAAAACCUACCAGAGUCUCAAAAGCCUCUUUGUUAGAAGGUACCAGAAAUAGUCCCUAGACCGUAGUUCUUGUUUAGGUACUCCCUUCUGUAACUCUCACAAUCUGGGCAGUGUGCUUUCUUAAAAGCUGCAAUAAGCAUAAUGGAAAUGUAGUUCUUAGAUCAGCAGAAACUACGGGUGUUUAUACUGCUGAUUCUCUUGCAAUAGCACUGAUUGCUUGAUCCA